CGGGUUUGCGAGUAUGACUAGCGCAAUCUAAAAAAAAAAAAAAAACCCGCCCAUACCCGCGUCCAAGAAGAGCGAUGACAUGAACUGUCCCACCCCGCUCGCCUGAACUUCACUUGACUGGAAGUGAACGCUGACCAAGUCGUUAGCGGGAGUUCUGGUGCCAUACUUUGGAAUGCAAAAGACUCAUCUCAAAAUCCAGACGGAGAGGCGCCGCCACAGCAAGUAGUGAGAGAGUCCAAGUCUGUCCAAUGUCAGCCCUCUGCCGUCCCCAGCUUGUCCUGGUGCUACUGCGGCAAGGCCUGUGUGCCUUCCUCCUCCUGCUCGCCUCCGGGGUUCACAGCCAAGGGCGACUGAAGCUGACCGUGCUCUCUGAGGACCGGCUCCAGAUGAAGUGGAAGGAGGCAGACAGGCCGGUGCAGGGGUACAAGGUUCGGGUCAAACCCAUCUCAGCAGAUGAGCCCCAGCCGGAGCUAAUGCUGACGACAACACGGGGUCAGGCAACGGUGGCUGGUCUGGACUCCCAUCAGGAGCACAUCCUGCAGAUCCUGAUGCUCAACGGGACCCAGGAGCGGCUCAUUGCCAAGAGACGCUUCACCAUCAACAGCCUACGUGACGAUUGGCGGAACCGCAGUGGCCACCGUGAGCAGAGGAGGAAAACCCAGGCGGGGGUCGGGGGACCAACCAACACUGAUGAACUCACCACGGAGGCUCUGUUGGCAGUGCCCACUGUGCCGUACCAGCAGCCUACAACAACAGAAGUCCCAGAGUCUGCAGAUGAAGGUAACAGGGGAGAGAGCGUGCCAGUGGAGAAGAAGAAGAGGAAGAAGGAUCGUUUGAAGGCUGAUAAGGAAAAGGGAGAGCAGAAGACCACACGGGAGAAAGAAGAGCCAGAGAUGUCGAGUAAAACCAGGACAGGGAAGACUGUCCCCACAAAACCUGUCACCGCAUCAUCGGACCGGAAGGCAUUUGUGUGCGACAGUACCGAUGCUGCCGAUGUGGUUCUGCUGGUGGAUGGAUCAUGGAGCAUCGGUCGCACCAAUUUCAAGAGGGUGCGGGAAUUUCUGGAGGCCCUGGUCACUCCCUUCCACAUUGGCAGCGACGGAGUCCAGAUCGCCCUGACCCAGUAUAGUGGAGAUCCCCGCACAGAGUGGCACCUCAACAACUUUACCAGCCGUGAGCAGGUCUUGGAGGCCAUCAGGAACUUCAGAUACAAGGGAGGGAACACUUUCACAGGCCAAGCACUGAUGCACGUCCACGAAAAGAACCUGAAGCAGGCAGCUGGGAUGCGCCCAGGUGUUCCCCACUUCCUCCUACUGCUCACGGACGGCAAGUCCCAGGACGACGCCAUCGCCGCAGCCAGCAAGCUGAAGAGUGCAGGAGUGGAGAUCAUCGCCGUGGGGGUGAAAAAUGCAGACGAGGCAGAGCUGAGGCAGGUGGCUUCAGAGCCAGUGGAACUCAACGUCUAUAGCGUCAAUGACUUCCCCCUGCUGAGCAAGCUGGUCAGCCGCCUGGCACGCAUCCUCUGUGGGAAGAUUGAGGACCGCAACAAGGCCAAGACAGGAAUGGAGCAGCCAACCUUAGACCCAGCACUGUCCUACCCGAGCCCCAUGGAUCUGGUAUUGUCCCAGCUGGGAUCUAGGGAGGUCCGGCUGAGCUGGACAGCCCCAAAUAGAGCUGUGUCACGGUACCGAGUGGUAUUCCACAACUCAGAGGGCCACAGCCCACAGGAGGUGGUGGUGAGUGGGAUGGAUUCCAGCGUGCUGCUGAGGGGCCUCUCCUCCCAGACCCAGUACCAUGUGUCCAUCUUUCCCAUCUAUGAGGACGGCAUGGGCCCGGCACUCAGAGGAACCUUUUCCACACUGCCAUUAGCCGCCCCCAAGGCCCUGGAAGUCACCGCGUCCUCCCCCAGCAGUCUGCGUGUACAAUGGGGCCCCACCCCUGGGGCCACACAGUACAUGGUCCUUUACUCUGCCCUGUCCAAUGGGGAGCCGGAGGAUGCGAAGGAGGUAAAGUUUGGCCCGGAGCAGACGGACGUGGAGUUGACGGGUCUGAUGCCAUCCACAGACUACUCGGUGACCCUUUACGCCCUGUACGACGAGGAUCCAAGUGACCCCAGCACUGCCAUGGCUUCCACGUUUCCACUGCCAGCCCCUCAGAGCCUGCAGUUCCCCCUGGUCAGCCAUAGCACAGUGAUGGUUAGCUGGACCCCAGGAUCUGUGGAUGCACGUGGCCACUUCAUCACGUAUAGCACUAACCACGGUAGUGACGUCAAGCAGGUGGAGGUGACAGGAGUAAACUCUGUGCUCCUUCAGAACCUCUCGUCCCUGUCCAGGUAUCUGGUGUCCGUGCGCUCCAAGUUUGAACAGGGCCUCUCUGCCCCUGUCACCGCCAAUGUCACCACCUUGCGGGUCCCCGCGCCAUCAGACUUGAGAGUGACAAACUUCUCAGGAAGUGACAUCACUGUGCGUUGGGACCCGGCAGCCAGUGAUGUUUUGUCGUACCUGAUCAAAUGGAUUUCCCUCAGUGGGGGAGAACUCAACCAGCUCACGAUGGGUGGGGACAGUGAUGGAGCCAUACUGGAGGGGGUGGAGGAUGGUAUGGAGUACCAGGUUUCACUGUCCGCUCUGUAUGCCGACGGUGCUCAGAGUGAAGCAGUGGCCAUUCGGUACAGCACCUUGUCAGGCGGUGGCCCCUCUGAUGUGACAAUCUCUGAGGAGACUCCUGUGAGUCUGCUGGUCACCUGGAUGCCCCCAAAUGCCCAUGUUCUCCAGUAUCGCAUCUCAUACAUCACCCUGACUGGAGAUGUGCAGGAGCAGACAGUUCUGGUGCCAGGCAUCGAAAACCAUGUUCGCCUGCAGUCCUUGCUCCCUGACACGCGGUACGGUGUCCUGGUCACUGCAGAGUACAGGAAUCGGGAGGGAAGCAGCGCCUCCACACAGGGCAAGACCGCCAGCCUGCGAGUCAGCAGCGUGACCGUGGUCCACUCUGACCACUCCAGUCUCUGCAUGUCCUGGAGACCUGUGCUAGCUGUCACGGAAUACCACAUCGUCAUCCAGUCACUUAGAGACCAGAAGAUAAAGGAAGAUGUAACUGAGGCCUCCAGCAGCUCCCACUGCUUCUCCAACCUGCAGCCCGAGUCUAUGUAUCGCAUAAGCGUCCACUCUCGUCUCGGCACAAUAGAGGGCGCUGCAGUCACCAUUCUUCACUCCACGGCCCCCACACCCGCUAGACCGCCUUUAUAUCCCAGACAGCCCCCGGCUCAUAACGAAGUAUGUCCAGAGGUAACCAUCAGAAACAGUGUUAUCAAAGGCUUCGAUAUGAUGGAGGCCUUCGGCUUGACGCCAAAGGCCCACGCAUCCGUGGAGGGCGUCGCCACCGAGACCUUCAUCUUCAGCACCCUGCCCAGCUACACGCUCUACCGGGACAUCCAGCUCACGCAGCGGACGCGCCACACCCACCCCGCAGGGCUCUCCCCGGAGCACACGGUCAGCAUGGUCUUCCGCCUGCUCCAAGGCACACCACAGGAGCCCUUCGCCCUCUGGCAGAUCACAGACAUCGACUUUCAGCCCAAGAUGGGGGUGGCGCUCGACCCUACUAGAAAACGGCUGCUGUACUUCAGCCUGGACUAUCGAGGGGAGGUUCAGGAGCUAAUGUUUGACCAACCCCAGGUUCACCGCCUCUUCUAUGGUAGCUUCCACAAGGUGCACCUGUCUGUGAGCCAGGUGAGCGUCUCCCUGUCGGUGGACUGCCAGCACGUGGCAGACCGGCCGGCACGACCCCUGGGGAUGCUCCCCACUGAUGGCUUUGAGAUGCUCGGCAAGCUGCUUAGGACUCGCGGCCCACACAGCGGCUCUGCCUCGUUUCAGCUGCAGUCCUUCGAGAUCGUGUGCAACACCACUUGGGCCUCAGAAGACACCUGCUGUGACAUUCCAGCCCAGAGAGAUGAGGAAAGCUGCCCCACCCCUGCACAUGCAUGCACAUGCACCUCAAAUGUUCCCGGAGCCCCGGGGCCGACUGGUCCUCCGGGCAAACCUGGUCCCCGUGGCGAGAAGGGGCAGAAAGGAGAGCAAGGCCAGAAGGGAGAAAUGGGUCCUCCAGGAAAAGCAGGGCCAGAGGGGGGGCCGGGGCCCCUUGGCUCUCAUGGCCCCCGGGGGAUGACAGUCCAGGGGCGAAUAGGCCCACCAGGAGUGAGAGGGGAAAAGGGAGAAAUUGGGAAACCUGGACGGCAGGGACUACCAGGUCCUCCGGGGCCCAAAGGCACUGAGGGAAACCCAGGUCCCAAGGGAGUGCGAGGUGUGGAAGGCAACAUGGGUAGCCCUGGGAUACCAGGGCCAAGGGGGUUUCAAGGAUUACCAGGCUUUCCUGGACCCAUGGGCGAAAGAGGAGCACUGGGUCCAGUGGGACCAACAGGUCUUCCUGGGAACAAAGGAGAGAGAGGGGAGAAGGGGGAACCACAGUCCCUUGCCAGUAUUUACCAGCUGGUUACUCAGGCUUGUGAGCAGCUAGUACACAAUGAAGUUCUGAAGUUGGAGUCUGCCCUGCAUGAGAUUAGCCGAAAGCCUGUUCCACAGCAGGAGCCCGUGGGCCCCCCAGGAGAGCCCGGCAUGCCAGGCACCAGAGGGCCUCCGGGACCCAGGGGGGGCCAGGGAAAUCCAGGUACUAGGGGAAACCCCGGAAAGCCAGGAUACCCUGGGGAACAAGGGCGGAGGGGGAUUCCUGGGGAAAAGGGUAGUGCAGGGGCCAAUGUACAGGGGCCCACGGGGAUUAAGGGAUUACCAGGUCUGCCAGGUGAGUCCAACCUAGGCGACACAGGGCCUCAAGGUCCGGAUGGGAAUCCUGGGGACACCGGGCCACCUGGAGCCACUGGCCAGCGUGGGGAAAUGGGGCCCCCUGGUGUAUGUGACAGCAGUGGCUGCAACAGAAGGAGUGAUGCAGCAGAAGAUGCAUUCUACAGUCUCCAGCCCUGAAUGCUGGUGGAUGACUCCAUUCCACGAUUGCCCCGCGUUCACUUUCACCCCAUUCAGACACAGUUCCUUUGUUUCUUAUUGAAAUUGAAAGUACUUUAUUUUGAGCAAAGGCUUAUUUCUGGACAAAGACCAGCAAUGAGAUGAACAGCUAACAGAUAUGGCUGCUAGAGCCGUCAGUCAGGCAUUAGUGAUUAGUGGGAGGGAUAGAAAAUGCGUUUGCAUGAGCUUGUGCUGUAACAGUCAGAAAGGAUUUGAUCGCAGGUAGGAAAUUCUGAUUUCAACUUUGUCCUCAAUGGCAUGAUUUAAGGCAUUAUUUUAAACCAUAUAUAAUGCACCUGAUAUUUUCCUCACCAAGUGCCUCAUUUGUUAGAACUGAGUAUUGGAUUAGAUCAUCCGCUUGCAGAAAAAAAACUGUACUUGCCCCAAAUGCUCAGCUUGUUAAACACAAUUCACAGUAGUGUUAUCAGUCUAAGACUGUAAAACUUAAGCUUGUGUAACAGAUAUUUAUCUUUAUGGGUAUUAUAAAAAUGUCUUUUAUAUAUAUGAAAGCUACACAUUCUAAUUUUUUUUAUUGUUUUUCAUAUGUGUUGGUAUUUAUUAUUUAUACCUUUAAAAUACUUUUCCAAUAUGAAAGGGAUUUCCUAUAAGAAACAUUUUAUAGAAAAAAAAAUGUCUGUAAUUUGAAAAAGAACUACUCAGGCACUGAAAUAUUUGUCAAUUGCUUCUGGUUGUUCUCAUAUUUAUGUAAUAUAACAAAAAUCUCAUUUUAAAUGUACUUUAAAAGUGUAUUUACACUGUCUGAAGUAAAAUUACAAUGCAUAGAUUUGUUUAAUUGAUAAACCAUACACUGUGAUGACCAUUACAUAUAUCUGUUGAAUAUUUAAUAUGUACUUUACGUCUUUGCCCAUCAUAUUUUUUUAAACAGCAGGUAGUGUUUUUGUUGCUGAAAAUUAACUCAAUUCCAUGUUUUUCGUUUAGCUUUUCCUUUUAGUUUGUUGCUGUGAAAUGCUUUUUAUAACCAAAGACUGAUGUGGUUUGUAAAUGUAUUGUGCAGUAUACAUUUAAGUGGGCUUUGUAUGAAAAUUGUUUCAUGGCAUUAUACAUAAUGGUUGAACAAUAACAACUGCCCACUUAAUUCUGAAAUUGUUAAUAUAACAUAACCACUCUUUAAAACAUUCAGCUGUGCUAUACUUUUGUGAAUGUUUUGGUGUUGAUGUUGUCCCUUCAUCACAAACAAAUGGGCAUUGACAUUGACAACACGUUAUAUUCAAUGACAUACAGUAAAUAACAUUGGACAAAUUUGUUGGUACCCUUCCACAAUCUCUAAAAUAACUUGAAACUGACAAAAGUUUAAUCGCAUCCCUUAUUGUUUAUUCCAUAUGUAACACAAAUCGGAUGUUGCUUUUGAUUAUUGAUUUAGUUGAAUAUUUUAUAUAAUAAAGCAAAUGAAAAUGGUACAGACAAAAAA